AAACGCCGGCAGUCGCGUUUUGUUUGCUUUUCUUAUGGGUGGUUUUGGCUGUUUUAUCUACUUGCUGCCCCCUGGACGGAGAGGGGCGUGUGCCCGGGUGCUCACCGCUUUAUUUUCCACGUUUUUGGGGUUUUAUCGUAAGGCGGGUUGAGGGUGCUGUCAGGCGGGGAGGGGGUGCUGGGUUUGUGGAUAGCCCGCCCCCACUGAGCAUCCCCCAGCACUUCACACAAUCCUCUCCCUAAAACUCUCUGUGCAGGUCGGGCUACCUGCCGGCUUUCCCGGUGCCGGGGCUGUGGCCGGGGUGAGCCGGAUCCUCGCAAGCCUGUCGUGUGUGUGUGAGAACUCCUCGUGUUGGUGGGAGCUGUGGCUUCCCUUCGUGUAUGAUCUCUCGGAGCAGACCGGCACCCCUUGAGAUUACGUCUCCGGUAUGCUUCCUGGCCCCACUACGCCUUGUUGGCCGGGCAGCGUGAGAAAGCAUGGCUGAGCCGAGAUGUUGGGGCUGUCCUCAAGCACUCGGAGCGUGGGCACCUGGAUUUAGUACUGGCUCCUGUAUGGAAAAGUACUACGGGAGCUGCUUAUCUGCCUGGCGGCUUGCAGGGACAGCAGUGCUUGCAGUUGGACUAUGGCUUCACUUUGAUUCACAGACCAAAAGCGUCUUUGAACUGGAAUCUGACACAAAGUUUUACACAGGUGUUUACAUCCUUAUUGGAGCUGGUGCCCUUAUGAUGCUGGUUGGUUUCUUGGGAUGCUGUGGUGCAUCACAGGAGUCUCAGUGUAUGCUUGGCCUGUUCUUCUUCUUCCUUUUUGUGAUUUUUGCCCUUGAAAUUGCUGCUGGGAUCUGGGGAUUUUCAAAUAAGGAAAAGAUUAUUGAUGAGUUAAAGGAGUUCUACAUGGACACCUACCGAAAGAGAACUCAGACAAGUGCCAGAGACACCCUGAAAGCAUUUCAGUUCACUCUAAACUGCUGUGGCCUUACUGGAGUUGUGGAGCAGCAGUACAUGGAUACCUGUCCAGCAAAGACACUGUCUGAGUCAUUCUCUAUCAAGUCCUGCCCUGAUGCCAUUGAUGAUGUCUUCAAAUCCAAAUUCAAUGUCAUUGGAGCAGUUGGCCUUGGCAUUGCUGUAAUGAUGAUUGUUGGCAUGAUAUUCAGUAUGGUUCUGUGCUGUGCCAUCCGCAGGGAAAGAGAGAUGGUCUAAGAGCUGCAAACCCAAGAUUCCUGCACUGUAAAAAUCCUCACCAUUAACUUUCAUGUUUUGAGAGCAUUUCUAAAACGUUAUAUAUUUGUUACCUUUUUAAUGCUUUAUUUGGUACUGAUGUAGGUUUGCUUUUUAUGUUACAGGUUAAAAUGAUAAAGGUUUAUCUGACUCAAGACAAACAUUGUACGUAAAAUAUCUGACUUUCUUGAAACUUACAUAAUUUGGAUGCAAUUUAUGUUGGAGACAAUUUGAUACUUAAUAAAGAGUAAGAUGUAUUGUUUGUGGGGGAGAGGAGAUGUUGCUAAGUUGAUUAAUCCCACUGUUAGAGGCAUAGCAAGGAGUUGAAGUUGCAUAACAUGUUAAGUGUUUUUGGGAUAAUGCAGGAAAGCAGUCCUAUGCCAGUGCCCCAUGUUGGAAGGGAAUUGGAGAUGCUGUCAGAGCAUGUCAGGGAAGGUGUGGUCAUUCCUCUUCCCUUGGUGUUUGUGAGUGAAAGCAGGUCUUAAGUAUAUUCCUUAAAUAUCACUGCCGUAACACUUUUACUGUCACCUCCCUGGAGGGUGGCAAAGGCUGGCUGUCACACAGGUGAUGUGCAGGCAGUGGUAGCUCCCUGCAGCCAGGCUGGGCUCUGCCAUGGGGCCAGCUGGGCUUCCUGACAUCAGCCUGUCUGCUGCCACAACUGUCCCCUGACACCUGGCAUGGCCUUGGACUCUUGGCAGGGCACAUUGCCUAGUGCAUGCUUAGGAUUUUUUCACUGGCUGGCUUGGGGCUUUGUUUCCCUAAAGCCAGUGAGGUGCAGUCUCAAGGGCUUACAACACGUGUGCCAAAUCUCAGGUUUCCAAGUGGAAUAAAGCUAACUUGUAUGAGCAGUUAAGUGUCCAGCUCUGCUGUUGCAGAGUUGAGGCUGUCCUGUUUCAGUUUAAGUAUGGAUAUGGGAGAGAGCAGAGAUACCAGUGUUGAGCCCUUAGUCUAAAGAAUUACCAAGUUGUCCAGUAUUUCUAAUCUAAAUGGCUUUUAAGUGGGUUUUUUUGUCUCUAAAAUACUUCCUGGUAGGGGCUACCUAUGGGCUUACCAGCAGGUUGAUGUGCUGUUCCUGUACCUGGUGCUUGCUUACUGAACAGUCUCAUCUGUAUUCUUGGAAGCUUCUGGUCUCUGUCCUCUGGGUAAUACAAAUGUCUUUGAGUAGUCCUUGCUUGUUCCCCUCUUUCUCCUUCGAGGAGGUUGGUAUUUAUUAUGAGAAAUAGCAGAAUUUGUGGGUGUCAGGCUCUGCGGAUGCAUGAAUAUAUUGUCACACUUGUGUUACCCACUGUCACUUGUCUAAGGGAACCAUACAGCUCUCCUCUGUAACAUGUUGCCCUGUUCUGUGUUCAUAGGCCUUCUUUAAAAAAAAAAAAAAAAAAGUCAAAUGGUAAUCAUGUUUUUGUGUGUCUUGCAGAGACUGAAAUUACUCCAGAAAGGAGUUGAUCUAAUUUUCUUUGUGAUUAUAUGUGACAGCCUGGAGGGGAAGAUCUCUCAUGGGAAUUUGAGCAGCCAUGUCCCCACUGAGCUCUUGCAGAACUGAGAAGUAGCAUUUUUGUCAGAUGGGUAAUUCUGGAGAUGCUAAUGAACCUGGCACCUGGAAGAGCUGGAGUGAAUCACUGUCAACCAUCAGGAAGGUUUACUGCUGACUUUUUACUUCUUGUUCACAGAAUCACUUAGGUUGGAAAAGACCUCCAAGAUCAUAGAGACCAACCUUUGACCAAUCACCCCCUCGUUAACCACACCAGAGCGCUGAGUGUUAUGUCCAGUUGUUCCUUGGACACCUCCAGGGGUGGGAACACCACUUCUCCCUGGAUAGGCCCUUCUAGUGACUGAUCACCCUUUCAGUGAAAUUUCUCCUGAUGUCCAACCUGAAUCUCCCCUGGCACAACUUGAGGCCGGUUUUUCUUGUCCUGUCCCUGUUCCCUGGGAACAGAGCCUGAUCCACGCCCCCCCCCCAGCUGCCCCCUCCUGUCAGGGAGUUGUGCAGAGCCACGAGGUCCUCCCUGAGCCUCCUCUUCUCCAGGCUGAGCCCCCCCCCCGCCUCAGCUCCCUCUGUUGCCCCUCAUCAGAGUUUUUUGUUCCAGACCAUUUCCCAACUCUUUUGCCCUUCCCUGGACAUAUUCCAGCACCCCAAUAUCUUUAUUGAACUGAAGGGCCCAAAAUGCAUGUGGGAUAUGAGGUGCCAAGUACAGAGGGAAAAUCACUGCCCUGGUUCUGCUGGCCACACUUUUUGAUGCUGGUGCAUGUGUUCAGAUUGCCACUAUCUGCUGUCUCUGAAGUCCAGCAGCUUAUGGCAGAGUCCAGGAAAUUCCAGUAGAUUGUGACUAGAGGGAAGAGAACUCAGCUGUAGACUCAGCACCCCAGAUUGUGAGGUUUGGGCAGUAGCUGCAGAGGCAGCUCUUGAGCUGAGAUCUUUGGCUGAAGAUCCAGAAGUGAAUACCUGCCCCUGUUCUUGUGUCCCACAGAAGCUGGGAUGGGGUUUCCUGGGAUUUAGUCUUUAGCUUGCAGUGCUUCUGCCUUCCCCACACUGUUUAUGCCACACUCUGCCUCUUUGAUAUCCACCCUCAAUCCACAUGUGGUUUUUGAGUGCUACAGCCCAAUCUUUUACCCUUCUUUUGAACAUCACCUGCAUGUGCAUUGAUGUUUUCUGAGGAAUCAACAGAUGGGUAAGUCUUACUUUAUGUGAGAGGGAAGAGCUGAUCCUUAUUACUCAAGUAUUACUUUCCUUUAAGCAAGAUCAUGGAUUACAGAUGCAAAACUCAUGCAAAAACUCAGCCUCAGACCUGCAGGCUAGUCUGGAAUGAGUACUGCUUCAGUAAUGAAUAUUGAUGAUGUCAAGUUUCACCUUACUGUGAACAAUUGUGAUGAAAUUUCCUGAAGCAUUUGGGUCUAAGGAAUGGUUACCCUAAAAAUCUGAUUGUGUGGCACUGUCUGUCUAAGCAGGGAGCAAGUUCCUGUCUUUGAAUUAGGUCAGGAAUAGAAUGUGACCUGUGAGGUUAAUACAGAGAGGCAAAAGCAGCAAAAAAUAGAUUGUUCUUGAAAACAGAAAUGGGGAGUUACAAUACUGAAGGGGAAACAGUGCUUAGGAUAGUGCCAGAGCUGUGGCAGCAGUGACUGACACUGGUGAAAUGCUUAGGGAGGGAGGGAAAGAGGGAUCCCUCUGAGGAAUUUGGAGGGUCAUCAGAGAAGCAAGUAUUAAUGCUGGGGAAAAAAGGAGCAGGGAAAAAUUAUUCUAGAGAUGGCAUAUCUAUUGGGAGGAAAAGAUAGGAUGGAGGAAAACAUACAAAAGUAAAACACUGUCUUUUCCAUAUCAUCCUUUCCCAUCAGUAAACAAAGGUGCAGCUAUGUCAAGACCUUAAAGUCUGCCUGGAAUGUGAGAAACCACUCCAGAAAGAAAAAGGGCUUAAGCAGCUUUUUUUCCAAAUAAAAGGAGAUUUAUCCUUUACAUACAGAUGCUGCUAAUUCUUUGUUGCAAAUGUGCUUAAAAUAGCUGUGGUUUAUGGCCAGAUGGGACACUGUAUAUUCCAGUACCUAUGGGAUGUGUUUGUGGAUAGCAAAGGGCUGUGGGAUAUGAGCAGUCCUGGUCUAGAUGUUUUCUUGGCUUUGGAUGGUAGAAGAGGUAACUGGUAAUAUAAAUCCUGUAAAGGACUAACAUAAAACACUGCCUGUAAGUCUAAUAAAUCAUGAAAUCACUGAAUGGUUUGGAGUGGAAGGGACCUUAAACAUCUCCUUCCAACACCCCUGCUAUGGACAGGGACAGCUUCUGCCAUCCCAGGUUGCUCAGAGGCCCAUCCAACCUGGCCUUGGACACUGCCAGGAAUGGGAAUUGCUCCAAGGCUGCUCUCAGCUCUGCUCCAUGGCUGCUGGGAGGAAAAUAAGAACGGAUAAAACCAAACCACUAAAAGAUGUGGCUAUUUAUUUGUUGUAACAGCGUACCAUUGAGAAUAUGGGAGUUUAUACUGGGAAACAAGUUAAAGAAAAAAAGUGUUUGACUAAGGGGAAGGAUGUAGCAGUGAAGUCCUGAGGAAGGCUGUAUUUGGUUAUCUGCAGGGUAAUUUUGCCAGAAGAUUUUUAGACUUACUUAGGAAGACUGGAGCUAGCCUGCUUUAGGAAUGGAGGGAGUCUCAAGCUUGCUGCGUGGUCAGCUCUAUGAGAGGUGUACCAAGGCAGGGAGAGACUGGUUUUCCAGGAGGACGGAGUUUAUUGCUGGGAAAUGUCUUCCUCCUUUACAAUGGAGCUGGAAAAGUCAUCUGUGGUACAGCACGUUGUCAUUUUACAGCAGCCCUGGUACAUAAGCAUCAUAAUUGAGUACAGGGAAAAAAUGACAGUGGGCCCAUGAAGUGGGGAAAGGGUGUGGGAAGCAGCUGGCUACAGUGGAAAGAGAGGGGUGGGCCUGACACAUUGGAAGGGUUGGAAUAAAUGCUUUCCUCUUGUACACUUCAAAAACUUAAAUCCCUAUGUUUCAGCAAUUAACACUCUUACUCAGAGAGGGUGUAGAGAUGUUUGCAGAAGAGGAGGAUGCUAUUACCUGCAGGGUGACUUCCAAAAGAGCUCCUAAAGAAAUUGCUCCAGCUAGAAAGAAAAGCCUGGAUUUGACAGGCUCUCUAAGUCAUGACUAUACUUCUCCCUUUCCACCUACCAAGAGAAAAGAAUAGCAAGUGCUUGCAGACAGUUUUUUAGGAACUGCCUGUACCUCUCCACUAUUUUUCUUCAGAUGAAUCUCCAAGCCCCCAAGCAAGCCUUGCAGAAGAUAGGUUCAAAGCAAUUGUCCUCGAGGGGGGAAAGCAGUGAGGCCAAAAAUCCCUGUGAAAAAUGUGCGUCAGGCACCAUUUCCAUGGGGGAUGUGCCUGAAGUUCAGGCUUAGCCCUGCCCUAAUCUCUUGCAGGCAUUUGCAAGCCUCUGCUGCCCAGCCAGCCUCCAUCUGCAGGCAGCGAUUAAUACACUGCAAUGUCUCCCUCUGACUUCUCCAGCAUCUUUUUCAUCCUGAACUGCCUGAGUGGGACCUGAGAGUCCCAUGAGGGAUGUCCCAUGGGGACCAGUGCCUGCUGUCCCUGGGUGAGAGAUGUUGCUCUGUUGUGAUGUGUUUUAUUAAUACGAUUAUUGUUUUGAUUUGUAAUCUCCUUGUGCUGCCCUUUGGCCUCUGCCCUUUUCCCAGAACUUCCUUUACUCCUCCUGGCAGGAAAUGCCAUUCCCUUCCUAAAAACUGCCUUCUCAAGAAACUUCUCUGUCAGUUUAGCAUUUCUCUAAACUGUCCUUUUCCCUUGGGAUUCUUCAUUGGGUGAUAUUUGAAUGCCCCCCUUGUUUGUUAUCUCUAGUUCUACUGAUUUGUCGAAUUCUGUAUCCUCCCAUGCAACCCUCCCCCGGUAUAUAAGCUAUUGUCUGCCCCGAGUUUGGAGUCCUGGAGAAGCCAAAAGGGGAACAGUAACAUCAAAUAAAAGUACCCCAGGAUCUGUGAUUGCUGCUUGUUUUUGCGCUGUGCCCUCCCUGGCAGCUGGGAAAUCAGCAGAGCAGAGAGGGGCUGUGGCUACCUGUUACCACCUAGCUGGGACAAGCUACACUGCUCCAGCUGCGGAGUGGAAGCACAUCCCAAGCUGGGGUUUGUUUGGUUUCUAUGUUUAGGGGGUGGUUUAUGCUUAUGGCCACUGUGUAAUUAUGAUUAUAAAAUAGCCACCUCGUCAGUUUCUGCCUCUUGGCAGCUCUCAGGAAAUUACCUAAUUUGAACUGCCAGCAGUGAGGACCUUGAGCCCUAUCAAAAGUUGCUUUUAACUGAACCUAGAACCUCUAGACGUUUGCCAGACUCUGCUGGCAGUGACAAAGAUAGUAAAGUGAGGUUUUUUCCACCGCUGGACACAGGCUUCCACAUCCGUGGCUCCCACAAAAUGAAUCCACAAGGCAGCCAUUCAUGGCAUGCUGAAUGCCUCCUCUUCUUUCACUGCUGAUUUUGAGAUCAAUAGAAAUUCAGGCUGGGGCUGAGAACUGACCUUUUAUGCCUUGUUCUAACGCUGGCCUUUAGUCCUCACCUUGCCAUGCACUGGGCAGCUGUGCUUCUGCUCUGCCCCACCAGCACCACCCUUCCCUUUUCAGCACCAGCAGGGCAGGUCCUGCUGGUUGAAAGGAGCUGCCAUCUCCAGCUGCUGCUCCGUGGCUGUGUGUGAGGAAAGAGCGGGGUGGAGGAGAGCUGAGGAAGCUGCACCACAGGACAGGUUUUUCGGCUUUGGGCUGGCUGCACCUCCAGCUUAUGCCAGCAUUGCCUCUGCUUGUGGAGAGCUGUGUGGGAGCCCUCAGCAGCAACCCUUUCCAGACCCACAGGCUCACCUCAGCUGCAGGUCUGCAAUUAAAAAAAACAGCUUUAAAUAUCCUGGCAGUGGAGAUGCAGGGCAGAGCAAGUUCUCAGCAGGGAUUUGACAUGGCUGUAGCUCAGGUAAUGUCCCACCAUCAUCAGCCACCAAGCAGAGGAGAGGUGGGGCCAGUGUUCAGCAAGUCAGAAUUCAUGGCUUGGUCCACUUGCACAGUGUGAGUGCAAACAAAUGGGGAAGGCUGGAGUGGGUGUUUGAAAAAGCUCCUCUUCUUUUUUGGGAUUAGCCACUCCUUUGCAGCUCUCUGUGACUUUAUUCUGUGUGGGAGUGAAUGCAGAAAAAUCAGGAGUGCCAUGGGGUCUGUCACUGUUUUCAGGUAGAAGCCACAUAGCUGUGCUGUACCAUGGGGUGGGGCAGCUGCUCCACAGGUGGGGAAUGGCUUUAUUUGCAGUGUGAGUUUGAGGAGCAGCUGCUUAUCCUGAUUUUUAAUACAAGGGGAUUCUGCUGUUACAGGGUGGCUGCUUUGUAGUAUGGGGCCAUUCUGAUUUGUACACCUUCAAUCAUUAACAUCACUGGACCGCCAAGUAAAGAAAAUAAUUUUCAUUGUGGUUUUACUCCUAUUUUCCUUCACUUUUAAAAGUUUCCUGGAAGACCUAUAAACAUUCAGCUGUUAGGUGAGGCACAGAAAGGGACUUUUCCCCCUCAUACACAGUCUGUGGCUGCAGCCUUUGUCCUCAGCACUGGGCUGAAGGUUGUGCAUGGUGUGCAUAUCAAAAAUGCUCUAGAAGAGAAAUCAGGGUGGCAACUAUGGUGUAAAUAGAUGGAAGAAGGAAGACUGAGUCAAGUCACCACCCCUCCUGAUUGUGCAGAUCAUGUUUUAAUGGCAAGUGUGUGAGGUGAAUAAGUGAGGCCUUUCCUCUUGUUCAUAGCAGGGUCAGCCAUGAAGGGGACCCCUGCAGGGUCAGAGGAGGUUACUCAGGGCUACACCUAACCCAACCUUGAAAACCACCGAGGAUGGAAACUGCACAAGCUCCUGAUCCCCUACUGGGCUGGUGUCCUGAUGAGAAAGUUUCUCCUCAUGAGCUUGAACUUCUCUGGUUUCAACCCAUGCCUGUUUUCUUACCUGGCUCUUUUUGGUUGUCUCCCCACAGCUACUGGAAGGCUGCCAUGAGCCUUCUCCCAACCAAACCCCCUCUUUUCCAGGCUGGACAAGCUGUGUAGCCUGAUCAUGGUAAGGCAGCCCAGACUCUCAUCAUUGCCUGGUGGUCCAUUAGUAGCCAAGGUCAGAAGAACUUUAUCAGGGGAAAACAAUACACAAUUCCUUUGGUGUUUUAUGGCUUGGUGAAGGAGAGUGUGUCUUCUUCCAGGACUUAAUUGUGGAAAAAUAAACAAAACUGAAGGUAAAAAUGGGGCAGGAACGCUGAGAAACCAGCAAACACCACUUGGCAGGUUGUUCCCAUCAAGGACUGUUAAUCCCACGUGCCAAGGUCCCCUACACAGAGUGAGUUGUUCCUCCUUGCCAACCUUGCUCCACCCUUGGCUUGGCACUGCAAUUAGGAAAAGCUGAUUUUUGCUGCCACCAGUUCCCCUUCCUGAGCCGGGUAGUGCGUGUUGUGAGCUGCCACCUCUGUUCUUCCAGCCCUGUAGACACAAGUGAGCCUCUUGUUCACUGCUAAUGGCACCUCCUCCCUCAUGUCUGCUGGCAAAGCUCCCAUCUCACUCCUGGGGAAGAUUUCUAUUAAACAGUGUAGGUUGUCCUUCUAUUUGUUUUACAAUCCAAGUCACAUUUAUCUGUAAAAUUAGCCCUGCAGCUGGUCCCAGCACUUCCUCCCCACUUUUUGUGAUGCGACUCUGUUUUCAGCACCUCGUAGUUUCCAGAGUUCAGGUAUCUGGCCUAAGACUUUCUCUGCUGCCUUCCUUGAGGUGAGUGGAGGACUUUUUUUGUCUGUACUGAAGUAUCUUUGGUUACUGCCAAAAAUUAUUUUAGCAGAAAAAUGUUGUUUUGCCUGUACUUAAAAAAAAUACAUAAAAGCACAUCAGCCUUUUAACUUGAAGCUCAGCCUCUGUGUUGGAAGCAGUGCCUGAGAGUUGGGGAUGGUUUCUGCCUUCUGUUAGAGAGGUGCCUAUGGCUUUUUAGAAAGGAAAAGUUGUGGAAGUGUGAGCUUCUGGGAGACACCUUCAUUCAUACAGUCCUCAUAGACCAGGAGGGGAAGUCUGGGCACUUGGGCACCUAAACUUGUCCUCAAGAGCUUCCCCUACACUCAGCCUCCAGGCCCUGGAAUGUGCAGAUAAUCAUCAGGCUCUGCCUGGGAACAGGAGCUGCUCCCUGAUGCAAAACAACUUUCCUGAGCCUGGUCAGAGCUGACUGGCUCUUGUCUCAGUCUUGCCCCCAGGAGGAGGGGCAACGUGAGGCUUGCCCUCACCUGCCUCCCUGGGAAGGUCUCCCUGUGUAGGAGGUGCUUCCUAGAUGCUUAUGGACUUGCCUGGAGGAUGGGAUGUGGUGUAGACGCUCCAGAGGCAGAUUUGCUCAAGGACAUGGCAGGAGGAAGUGCAUUUUAUAGAGCAGAUUCCCCUUGUCUGCAUCCCCCUCUCCCCUCUCUACAUGAGCACCCAAAUUCCUUCUCCAUGUGCAGUGGAGGAGAACAGGCUUUUUUCCUUUUUCACAAGGCUCUGGUUCACCCAUGUGCCCGGCACACCUCUGCUAUCAGCUGUUCUGGAGGGACACUGUGAUGAACAACAACCUGAAAGCACCAGACCUGGCACAGCCCAAGAAGCAGCUGGCCUUCUGACACAUAUCAUGAGGUGCCAGUCUCUCAGGCACACCUGGAAAUAGCUCUCUGCCCUUGGACAACACCCAGUGGAUUUGCUGGUUUCAGUAGGACUUGCCCAUUUUUUUUUUCCUCUGCCACCCCUGGGCUUGUGAAACACAAACAGAAUGGAUGUAGCAAGACUCAAAGCAGGGAUUUGUCCUUAGGAGGAGGAGGGUGGGAAUGUGAGGUUUCAAAAAAGACAGUCCUGGUUGGUCACUAACCUUUACCUCUCCUGGCUGGAGUCACCUGGUGCCAGGCAUUGCCCCAGACCUGGUGCCUCACUCUGGGGUAUUUGGAGCUAAGGCCAUCGAGGAACACAGGCUUUGGGGAUCCUCAUUGGUAUCCCAAGUGCUCAGCUCUCCAUCUCAGAAGGUGCAUCUGCUGCGCCAAACCUCCUGGUCUGGUCUCAGGUGACCUGGUAAGGCAGCCUGGAAACUUUCUCUGCAGUCAGCCCUCCUAGUUAACUGGUUCAUAUCAGUUCUCUCAGCUUGAUACCAAACACUCCACGGCAGCUUCCCAGACGAGUAAAACUCUCAUUGUUUUUCCACAGAAAAAUACAAAAUCCCAUGGUAACCAGUGACCCCUUUCUUUGUGCCAGUCCCUAGAGCUACCACGCAGUGACACAGCCAUCCCAAAAAUCCUAGGAGAGAGCCUCAGUCACUGUAACCCAAAGAGGAUGAGUAGGGGCUGAGGGGACCACAUUCUCCUUCCACUCCUACUCCCCUUUCUGGCACCAUUUUAAAAUACAGCAAUACAUCAUUCCCUGUUUUUGCUAGAAGCAGCAUGGAAAGCUUCCCUCAGGUGUCCUGUGCUGGGACCUGAAGCAGGCUGUGUUAGGAACAAGGUGGGACUUCGAUCAGGGGAAAAGAAGCUGAAGACAGGGACCUGGAAAGGGAAGGGAGAAAAUAGGAAAGGGUCAGUGCUAGAAACAGAGCAGGGAAGGCAAAUGCAGAUCACAGAUAUGAGGAUAAAAGUGAGGGAAAACAGCAAGUUGUGGGGAAUAACAGGAACAGGUAAUAUUUGGGAGAAAAUGUAAUGGCCUGGGCAUACAGGAGGUCAGACAAAGUGUAAAAUAAACAAAGGGCUCCCCCAGCUUGAAGUUCUGGCAGCACAACAGGAUCUAACAAGUGGUUCUUUAGUUUAGAUGAUGAAAUCAAAGACUCCAAGCUUCUGAUGGUCAAUAUGUAGCAGCACAACCCCACAAACUAGCUUUUUCCAUUUAUUGAAAAAUAGAAAACAAAAAAAACCCACCGCAAAAUCAAAACCAGCAAAAAACCCCAGACAGAAGCAAAGCACAAGUGAGAUUAAGACUGCAGUCUCAGGUGAUGCUGGCAUGAAGAGGAAUGUGCAUUGCAAUAAAGAUCUGCAAGAUCUGUGCUUCUCUUGUGGCAGGAUCUUGGAGGCUCUAUGGAACAAAUCUAGGAAUUCAAGGAAGAGAUAAAACAGUUUUGUGAUGAAGGUACAUUGAUGUUGUCCUGCUUCAGGCCCAAAGUGAUGCAAGGCAAGUCAGAGGUUCUUGGGCUAAAAAUAGUCUUUACUUACCAGAUCAAAUGUGCGUAGGCACAAAAGAAGCUGAUAAGCAAAAAAAAAAAAAAAAAAAAAGAAAAGAAAAAGAAAAGAGAGAAAAGAAGAAAAGUUGUACCUUCCUAGCAGCCUUUGCUUAAUUUUUGAAUUCUUGACUUAUUUUCUGCAUUUUUUGAAGUGAAACAUUUACACUUUUCAAAGUGCUGUUUUACCCUCUAAAAAGUGGCUGUGUUAGCGCUUCCUGUCACUGCCGGCUCCAUGGGAAGUCUCUAAAUUGGGUUUUGUUUGCUGCCUGCCAGCUCUGUUCCAAGCAGGAUAUUUUCUAUUUUGCAUGUAACUGCCAGUAAAAAAAGUCCCAGAGAAUUCCACACAUGCCUCUGCACCUCUCCAGAUAACAGCUCCUUUUUAUGUUAGUGCAACUAUGUUGAAGCUAAUUUUGUGCAAAUACCAAAUACCUUUGAGGCCAAAAGGUGCUCUUGAACCAGAAACCUAAUUGAGUUGGUGCAGUGUGGGCUCAAGGGUUCCUCACUCAUUUUCCUCAGGCUAGGUCAGGUUUUGCAGAUCCAAGAAGUUAAACAAUUCUUAUUUUAGUAUUUGAUUUGGCAGCAUCAUAUUUAUACAGUCACUUUUCAGAGCAGAAUGAGGAAUACCCUCUUUUCUUCUUCUUCUUCCUCCUAUUUUUUUUCCUGUGCUUACAGUCCCUGAACCAGGGCAGGAUGAAGAAUGUUGGUCCAGCACUUCAUUGACCAAGAGUUUUGCCCAUGGGAGGAGUCCUGCCACCAGCCUGGAACCUGCUCAGGCUCCAAAGCAAACAUUUCUAAAACCAGCUUUCACGAAAGCCAAACCUGAUGAAAAUGCCAUUGCCAAAACCAGCAAAAAGAUUCUUUAAAUCCCUGUAGAACUCAGCAACCUUCCUCCAGCCUGGAGGGCAGCACCUCUGUGCUCUGUGUUUUCACAGAUGCAAUCACCUUCUGCAAUGCCAGAGGUGCUGCUGGAGACUCUUUGGCUCCCAGCAGCCUAGCAGAGGAAUGAUGUUACUGAAGUCUGCACCCACACCUCCACAGAACCAGAGGAUGGCUCAGGCUGGAAGGGACCACAGUGGGGCAGCUGGUCCCAUCUCCCUGCUCCAGCAGGGCCAUCCCAGAGCACAGGAUUAUGUGCAGAGGGGUCUGAAAUAUCCCCAGUGAGGAGACUCCACACCCUCUAUGGACAGUCUGUGCAGUGCUCAGUCACUGCCCAGGGAAGAAGUUUUGCCUCAUGUCCAGGUGGAACCUCCUGGGCUCAGUCCCUGCCCGUUCCUCUGGUGCCAUUGCUGGGCCCCUGGAGCAGAGCCUGGGCCCUGCUCGGAGCCCUCCCUGCAGACAGGGACACCCAGAGCUGAGGGCCUCUGUCGGCUGGGCCUCCUCUCGAGGCUGGACAACCCCAGCUCCCUCAGCCUUUCCCUGUCAGAGAUGCUCCAGGCCCUAAAUCAUCUCCACUGGCCCCGCUCCAGGAGCUCCAUGUCCCUACUGUCCUGAGGAGCCCAGGACUGGACACAGCACUGCAGAUGUGCCACACAGAGCUGGGCAGAGGGGCAGGAUCACUCCCUGACCUGCUCUUCCCAAUGCACCCCAGGCUGCUUUUCCUGUCCACCCACCCACAGAGGCUCAGUGUAGCUCAGCCUUGGGGCACAAAUUAUUUUAUUGCACAAGGAAUUGUCAGAGAGAACUAAACCCAUUCCUGCAAUUCCUAAUUUGUACCGUCUAUGACCAGCCACAUGCUGCCCACUUCACCCUCACUUUUCCCCUUUACCGAGUUGCUUCUUAGCCACAGUACAGAGAUACAUAUUCCUUCAAUUACUCACUCUUCCCCAAUGGAGAGGCUCUCCCCUUGGCACAGCUCAGCACCGAGGGGCAAGUCUAUAGGGAAGCAAGGAGAUGGGGAUUCUCUUUCCAUUUCCUCCCUUCGUGCAGACAGAGUUUAAAACAGUGUUUGCAACCAGUGAAAUGACUCAGGAAAGCAGCUCUGGCAGGGUGGGGAACCUAAUUUGAAAAAAGAAAAAAAAAAAGGCUAUGACUUAUGACUUCUGCUUUAUGAUACAUUCAGCCAUCAGUGCACAAAAGGCUUUUCUUCCUGAGCCAUUAGCUAAAUAAAUGAGCAGAUAUUUCCAGCAGAAUACUUCUCCCAGCAGAGCCCCAUCCCCUGUUCUCCGCAGGCUGGGAGGGCACGUAUCCCUCCGCUACUGCAGGGACAAACAGUACACAAACAGGAAGGUGAAGUUACUGUAAAAAUAAAUCAUGACUCUUCUGCGGAGAGCAGCAAACACAAAUUAUGGGAAAUAUUUUCAGCCUUUGCCAUUGCAAAGGAAGCAAACGUAAACAGCCCAGGUGGCACAGCAGGCUGACACCAGCUGUGGGAUGGCUCACAGCCCUGCAGCUCCAAGGCUGACGCAGUGUUCCCAGCGCUGUGGUGAGGAAAGGACAGCCCCUCGUGCUCCCCAGGGCUCUGCUCCAACCAGCCCAGCACACCCACACCAGAGCACAGGACCCAGACUCGGGGUGAGAAUCCCCCUGUCAGGGUCUCCAAAUAAUGUUAAUUUCAGUUCCUAGGUUCCCAACAGAGGCUGAAUAACAUAGCUGUCCAGAAGUCAUUGGAGCGCCUUCCCUAUGGAGACAGGCUGGUAAAGUUGGGGCUGUUUAGCCUGGAGAAGGGAAGGUUCAUGUGUAGACACCUCACAGAACCUUCCAGUAGCUGAAGGCACUAUAGGGAAGCUGGAGGACGACUUUUCAUCAGAAGCUGUAGUGAAAGGACAAGGGGAAUGGCUUCAAACUGACAGAGAGAAGGUUUAGAUGUGAUAUCAGGAAGAAAUUCUUCCCUGUGAGGGUUGCUGAGGCCCUGGCACAGGUUGCCCAGAGAAGCUGUGGCUGCCCCAUCCCUGGCAGUGUUCCAGGCCAGGCUGAAUAGAGCUUGGAGCAACCUGAGACAGUGGAAGGUGUCCCUGCCUAUGGCAGGGGAAUAGAAUGAGAUGAUCUCUAAGAUCCCUUCUGACACAAUUUUUCCCAUGUUUCUGCAAUUCUAAGGCUCCCAAGGCACCAGGAAGAUUUUGGGCACGUUCUGGAGCCUUGUGUGCUGCAAGGAAGAGGCUGUGCCAAAACCCCCAAGCAGGCAGGUGGGAUUGACAUGGGAACAUGCAGGUCUGCCUCCCCACACUCCCAAAAAAGAAAAAAAUAGAAAACAACACCCAACUUCCCAAAGCAGCUGGGUUGAGAAGAAGUGGCCAUGUGACUUCCCUGCUAAAGGUGAGAAAGGCAAGGAUGAAAUCAUCUUCCUAUAGAAGAAAGGGAGAUUUCUCCCCCUCCCCAAAAACUAUGGAGAGGCUUUUAUCUGUCACAGAAGGGAGUGCUGAAGGAUCUGGAUUCCCUCUCUGCCCCAGCACCAGAAAGUGAGAUGGAUCCAAGUGGCACUUUGCUCCAAAUCCCUGAAAACAAUCAAGGGACAAACUUAUCCACCUUGUUUAAAGUACUGUAAAAAUCUACAAUGAGCACAGAGGGCACAGGAAGUAUCCCAAGAGGAUGGCUUCUAUCCUGUAUAUAACUGGAACUUUUAAACUCCUGGCUAUUUACAGCUACUUUGCUGUAAAAUUAAACACUUCUCAGCAGUUCUUUUCUCCAGCAAUAGCCUUCAGGAGAUGGCUAUCACAUCCCUGGGCUCUGAAAAGCUGUUGCCUUAAUGUUCAAAAUUUACCAACCCCUUUUUCUGAUGGAUCAGGCAGACGUGGGAUGUGGGGGACACAAGAUCAGGAAUGUAUGCCUGAAGUUGGUUUGAUGACUGAGCCAUGCAGGCUCACCUGGCAGGUGCAUUAUCAGUGCUGAAGGUGUGAUUAUCAUUAGGCUAAAUGAGGUCUCACAGGUGUUUUCAUGCUCAGCACUUACCUAUGGAAAUGGAGGGCACUGGCAGGUGAUUGAUUUGGGUUUGGUUUGGUUUGUGGGUGUUUUAAUGUGUUCUGCUUAGCACAGCUGCAUGAAGGAAAAUCAGUAUUUACCACCCAGUAACAGAUGAUUGUCUCAUCUGAUUUAUAGCAAUCUUUUUAUAAUAAAUGCAAAAAAAUUAUUCCUGCUGUUGAACUAAAUUACUGUUGGUACU